CAUCCUUGCAAGAGAAGAGCCCGCUGUGCAGCUUUCUGUAAGAUUAGGAGGUUUGUUGUACUUUGUUGUCCAAACAAUGCUUCUAUAUGAUCUAAGCAAAACCGCACCAAUCUUGAAGUGAGCUGCGGUUGCUUCGAGUCAUUCAAUUCCGCCUGGCGCCGUUGUCUGUCCACCAUUCGAAGUUUGUGCACCGUACGGUCUUGAUUGAGGAAAAGCUCAUACAGGGGGACUGCAAUGUCCAGAAACCCAUGUAAACCUGUGGUGUAAGAGAAUUUUGUUUUGUACCGCCUCCCCCCUCCGCCCCUUCUUUUCUACACCAUCAUUGCCGCCACUUUCUCAAUGGCAGCAGUGGGGAACAUGGUGUUACAGUCAGUGGCGGCUGCAUGGGAGGAGUCUGAUCACAUGCACGUAUGGGCCCUGGUCCUGAUUGUGACGCUGCUGCUACUGUGCAUCGUUCUGGGACAUCUCCUGGAAGAAAGCAGAUUUUUCAACGAGGCCACCAUCGCAAUCUUGCUGGGGCUUGUCAGCGGUGCACUCUUUAUUGCCUCUGGUGGAAGCCAGACAACAUCUCUCCUCCACUUCGACACUGAGAUCUUCUUCAUCUAUCUUCUACCUCCAAUUAUCUUCAAUGCAGGCUUCUCGGUGAAGAAGAAGCAGUUUUUCCGGAACUUCUUUCCCAUCAUCCUGUAUGGCGUGGUCGGGGUGUUUGUCUCUACCGCAGUCAUUACAGCAGCUGCCAAGAUCACGUUCCCCCGCUUUGGCAUCAGAAAGCUGACGAUUGCGGACUAUCUGGCCUUGGGCACCAUCUUUUCGGCCACCGACUCCGUCUGCGUCCUUCAGAUCCUAAACCAGGACGAGACUCCCCUUCUCUACAGUCUCGUGUUUGGGGAGGGAGUGGUUAACGAUGCCACAACCGUCGUCCUCUUUCGAGCUUUCCAGACCUUCAACGUUGCGGAGUUCAGCGCGGGCGUCUACCUCAACAUCCUGCUCAACUUUGUCUAUCUCCUCCUGGCUAGCACGGCGCUUGGAGUCGGGGUCGGCCUUCUCAGUGCAUACACGAUCAAGCGCCUGUACCUGGGCAAGCACUCAACGGACCGGGAGAUUGCCGUGAUGAUUCUCAUGGCUUACUUGUCCUACAUCAUGGCGGAGAUGGCCCAGCUCAGCAGCAUCCUGACCGUCUUCUUCUGCGGCAUCGUGAUGUCACACUACACGUGGCACAACGUCACAGAGAGCUCGAGGAUCACCACACGGCACGCGUUUGCGACCAUGUCUUUCAUCGCCGAGACCUUCAUCUUUUUGUACGUCGGACUGGACGGGGUCGAGAUGACCAAAUGGAAGCAGACGCACUCCACCGAAGCGCUCGGCAUGUUCUCCGUUCUUCUGAUUGCAACUCUGGUGGGACGCGCCGCGUUUGUCUUCCCAAUCUCCGCCAUUGCGAACCGCACCCGGGGUUCAAACAACCGCAUCACAAUCAGGCAUCAGAUUAUCAUCUGGUGGUCUGGCUUGAUGCGCGGCGCUGUGUCAAUCGCACUGGCCUAUUCUCAGUUCUCGCAAAGCGGCGACACUCAGAACCCCGAGCACGCCACCGUUAUCGCAACCACCAUGGCCGUUGUCCUCUUCUCCACGUUGGCAUUUGGCAGCGUCAGCAAGCCCAUCAUUGAGGAGAACGGCCUGGCCGCUCCGCUGCUGUCCGGCGGGAGUUACUCGGGGGGGUCCAUGGAUUUCGACCUCGCUCUGCCCAUCAGCAGCCUGACGUCAGGGCCCAGCGUCACGGCCCUGCUGGCGGCGCCGUCGGGUACUGCACACCGGCUAUGGCGCGCCUUCGACAACAAGUUCAUGCGGCCCAGUUUCGGAGGCUUUGGAUUCUCGCCCAUUGAACGCGAAGAAGGAACGGAGACGAGCCACCGAGUGCGACGAUCCGACUCGACGCGUCUGGUUCCUUAUCAAGCACCGGACCCUCCAACGCCUUCUAAAGCUGCGGAUCCCCCUAUACUAGAGUAG